AUGAGGCUCACCUCAGUGUGGACCAGCGUCGUGCAGGUCUUUAGUUUCCUCACCUUCUCCUCCCCCGAGGACGGCAACGAUCUCUCUUCACAACGUCCCCAAUUCCCCAUCCCCUUGGAAAACGCUCACCAUCACCCCCCUGCCUCCCACCAACCUAUCCCCCCAAGCUCCAACAAUGCCGCCGAGGAUGUAGUCCCCCUCUAUACGAGCGGCAGUGAACGUUCCUACAUGUUGAAAGACCAUCCCGUUGUCGGAACACCCAAAAGUCCCCAGGAAGGAGGUCCCGCCAGAAGCCUCGACUGCCAUUACCCCGAUAUGCAAGAUUGGGAGCCUUGCUAUGGCCCCGAGAACAGGACUUGCUGGUUGAAGCAUAAGUAUGAAGAUAAGAGGAUUGAUAUUAUGACUGAUUAUGAGAAUGAGUGGGAGAUUCCGAAGGGGAAGGUCAGAAAGUUCUACUUGGAAGUCUCAGAGCAACCCAUUGCCCCGGAUGGUACCACGAUGGAGCAUGGCAAAGUGUUCAACAGGACUUAUCCUGGGCCUUGGCUUGAGGUAACUGUAAAGAACAAUCUCCGCUGGAACGGCACAUCCGUCCACUGGCACGGCUUCCGCCAAUUCGAGUCUUUCCACAUGGACGGCGUCAACGGAAUAACCGAAUGCCCCAUCGCCCCUGGCGACACCUUCACUUACCGGUUCCGUGCCAUGCAAUACGGUUCCGCCUGGUACCACAGCCACUACUCCUUACAAUACGGCGACGGGCUCUUGGGUCCCAUUACCAUCUACGGCCCCUCAACAGCAAACUUUGAGGCGGACGAGGCGUUCCGUCCCUUGCUGCUGACAGACUGGAACCACCGGAGCGUGUUCGAAGACUGGCCGCUCAUGCUCAAAUCUGGCGUGGCGCCGUCAAUGACGAAUAUCCUGAUCAACGGGGUGGGACAGUUUGGUUCUGGUGGGAAGCAGAAGGAGAAGUACACGCUUUACUUGGACGAGGGCAAGAAGCAUUUGCUAAUUUUGAUCAACACGGCCGUUGAUACGACGUUUGUGUUCUCGAUUGACAACCAUACCAUGGAAGUGAUUGAGAUGGAUUUUGUGCCGAUUGUGCCAUAUAAUACUACUAAUCUAAAGAUUGGGAUUGGUCAAAGAUACCACGUCCUCGUCCACGGCCUAGAAAACCCGUAUGAAGCCGAGAGAUACGGCAACUACUGGAUGCGGGUAAUCCCGGCAAGAAAGUGCAGCAAGUUCCCCUACGGUCCUGACGAGCAGAUGGGUAUCUUCAGGUACAACACUACUUACCAGACCAUGGCUUCGGCGCCUGAUCCAAUGUCGGAACCGCCUCUGUAUGAGACCAACUGUGCAGAUGAGCCGCUGGAUAAGUUGGUGCCGAAGAUACCGUGGACCGUUGGCAAUCCGGUGAAUAUCGACCCAAACGUCGACCCGAAAAAACUCCCAGCCAACGAGAGCUACAUCUUCAACGUCGGCCUGACCAUGUCCGGCGGUCCCAACACCAGCACGCCUUAUAUCCCCGAUGACCAACCUUAUGCCCGCUGGGACAUGCACAUUGCCCCCUUCCGCAUCAACUUCUCCGACCCCACGCUCCUCUCCCUCUCGUCCCUCGAUUCCCUUAUUACCAAACCACACCUCGACAUCGUCACUCUGCCCACCUCCAACCCAGACGACGACAAAUGGAUCUGGAUGGUGAUCACCGCUCCCGAUAAAGUUCCCACCGAGGGGGCCCGGAUCUUCUUCCCUGCUGCCCACCCGAUUCACCUACACGGACAUGACUUUGCGGUGUUGAGACAGAGUAGCAAGAACUGGUAUGAUGAUCCAGAAAUCGGUCACAUUGGGGAGGGCAAGAGGUGGUUUACCCCCGACAAGUUGAAUUGCGACAACAAGAGACUGGAUUGCGAGAAUCCAACUAGACGGGAUGUGGUGCUGUUGCCGGCGAGUGGCUAUGUGGUGAUUGCUUUCAAGGCGGAUAAUCCUGGAGCCUGGAUCCUCCACUGCCACAUUGCCUUCCAUGCCUCGUCGGGUCUGGCUAUGCAAAUCAUCGAGAACAAGGACUUGAUUCCGGCUAUCAUGGAGAAGGAUAAGCCGGUUAUUGAGGAGAAGUGUAGGAAGUGGAGGGAGUGGUAUGGAGAGCCGAAGAACCUGUGGGAUUGGCACGAGCCAAAGCACUUCCAAGAUGAUUCGGGUGUGUGA